UCAUAAUAACAAAAACGAUGAAGAGCUUUACAUUAUUAAUAUUUUCAUCAAAAUCAUCAUCAACAUCAUCAUCAUCAUCAAAUUUCAUUAAAAACUUAUUACCGUUCAUCACUAUAAUAACAUUAUUAUGGUCAUGGAUAUUAUUAAUUAGAAUACCUGUCGUUACUGGUCAAUAUGAUUGGCAAAAACCGGAUACAUUUGAUGAGAUACGACAUAAAAUUGAUUCAUUAACACCAGAUAGCUGUAAAGUUGUCGAUGUAAAUAGAUUAUUUUUACCACAUUCAACUGUAACACAUGUACCAAAUUUACAAUGGCUAGGUAUCGAUCCAAUAUUUCCAAAUCGUACAAAUCUAUUACAAAUACAUAAUAUGGCCCUUUCACGUGCUUUCUUUCUAAGUUUCAUUCUACAAAAAGCCAAUGAUAAUGAUGAACCUGGUCUAAUGUAUUAUUAUCUAUCAACAAUAGCCGAUGUUGCCUCAAAUCGUUUUAUAAAUGCUUCGGGAUUUUAUUUUGCACCAAAUCAUGCAUUCACACCAUCAUAUCGUGGUUUUUUCAACAAAACAUUGCCAUUAUUUGCACCACGUGCAUUUCGUAUCGAUGAUUUUAAUGAUCCGUUCCAUGUACAACGUACAUCAACAUUAAAUACAAUAUAUGCAACCGAUCUAGGUGCUAUUCCAAAUAAUUCUGUUUCAAAUAAUUAUACAAAUGAACAAUAUCGUAUUAAUGAUUGGUAUAAUUCAUGGUUACCCGAUUCAACACGAAGACAUGAUUCAAAAACAACCUAUACUGUACAAAUUACACAUAAUAAUCAUACAAAUGAAACAUUUGUAUGGCAUGGACCACCUGCACCAUCUGAUCCACCUGGUCCAGUAAAAUGGUUCCGUCCAUAUUAUGAUUGUAAACGUUCAAAUAAAUGGAUAUAUGGUGCUUCAGUUCCAGUACCGGAUAUUUAUCCACGACAUACUGGUUGGCGUCAUAUUGAAAUUCCAAUGUAUGUAGCAACAUCGGUUAUGGAAAUAGAUUUUGAACGUAUUGAUAUUAAUCAAUGUCCAAUUGGUGAAGGAAAUCCAUCACCAAAUUAUUUUGCCGAUACAUCACGUUGUCAUAAUCGUACAACCGAAUGUGAACCAUUACAUGGUUAUGGUUUUCGUCGUGGUGGUUAUCAAUGUCGUUGUCGUCCAGGUUUUCGUUUACCAAAAACUAUACGUACACCAUUCAAAGGUGAACGUAUUGAACGUGCAACAAAAAAUGAAUAUGAUAAAGCAUUUCGAUGUUCAAAAAUUGGUUAUGUUGCUGUACGUACACAAAAUGUAUUACCAAUUGAUCCAAUUGAACGUCGAAAAUUAAUACAUAAAACUGAAACAUUGACCGGUGUGAAAACAAAUUCCACAAAAUCGGCACGUAUAGAUCCAUGGACAUUACAACAAUUCAUGAAACAAAUACGACCAGAUAAUUGUCAUCGAUUUUCACGUGAUGAUCUUACAUUACGUGGUGAUGUUGGUUUCGGUAAAGAAAUUCAAUUCGAAAAUGAAGCUCGUAUGGCAUUACGUUUAGCACAUUUUCUUUCGGCAUUCAUUCAGACUGUUGAUCCGAAUCAAACAUUCGCUGAAUUUCGUGUACCUGAUCGUCCAUUGAAUAAAGAUCAGGUUAUUGCCGAAACAUUGGCAACAUUAAUCGGUGAUCGACAACUAUAUGGUGUUAGUGUUAUAUUUGAAAAUGAAAAAUUUUCAACAAAUUUAAGUAGAUUUGCUCCAUACGCUUAUCGAUUACAACGAAAUGAUCGAAAAUUUUUUAUCGAUGAUCUUGAACGUUUUGAACCAACAAGUCCAUAUCAUUAUCGACAACGUGAACUUUAUCGUUUAUUACGUGAUCGUUAUAAAUCAUUGGAUGAAAAUUCAUUGGAAGAAUUUACAGCCAAAAUUGAAAUUCGUUAUAAUUCGGAAGGUCAUUCAACAAUACGUUAUGAUCAAUAUCCAUUGCAAUAUAAAGCAGCUACAUUAGUAAAUGGUCAAUGGUCAACACCAUAUUAUGAUUGUGGUGGUUAUCAUAAUCGUUGGCUAAUUAGUUAUGGUGCACCAUUUUUUAAUAAAGAUAAAGUUAGUGGCCGUUUACAGUUACAAGGAUUUGUUAUUGUCGAUAUGCCAUUAAAUGAUUUAGAUAUUAAUCAAUGUGGUACAGGUGAUCCAUUAGAUUGGGCAAAAAAUUCACAACAAUCAGCACAAUUAAAUUAUAUGUAUCCAACAGAUUUUUCUCAUCAUCGUUAUUAUCAGAUGCCUAAUGCAUUUCGUAAUACACAUAAAUGUGAUCGUCUUUCAUCAUAUUGUGUACCAAUACUUGGCCGAAGAUUUGAACCCGGUGGUUAUAAAUGUCAAUGUGAACAAGGUUUUGAAUAUCCAUUCAAUGAUCAUAUUACUUAUUUUGAUGGCCAGGUUAUGGAAGCUGAAUAUAUUAAUAUGUUACAACAACAACCAUCACGUUUUGAUACAUUAGCUUGUCGUGUUGCACGUGCUCGUUCAUUAAUAUCCGGUUCAUUAUUGUUAAUAAUAUCAAUGGCUAUUAUAUCGAUCAUUCUAUUCACUAUCGAUAGUUAAUUUUUUUUUCUUCUUUGCUUCCAUUAAUAAAGUUGCUUCCAUCUUUAAUUCAAAUUUUUCUUUCCUUAUUCCUAAUCCAUCUGUUUCCUUACUUUAUUUUUUCAUAUAUAAAUUUUUAAAUAACAAUU